AUGAAAUGGGAGCUUGAGGAGAUAGAGGCCUUGCCACAGUUCAUCAAGAAUAUGCCAAAUAAAUCAUGGGAUGAAAUGGCAGGUCAGUGGAAUUCUCUCUUCCCUAAAAAUCGAUCAGGGGAAUCACUUCGGGGGAAGUUCAAUCAGCUUCGCUGGGGCUGGAGACCUCAGAAAGUUUCCAAAGCAUCUCGCAAACGCAAAAAGCCCCGGAAAAGGAGUUUUAUGAUCAAGUCAUCCGACUUGAAGCUGGAGGGACGUAUUUCGUCCCUCUCACUGUCUCCAAAGUCUGAAGAACUUUCUUCCCCUUCUGAUGAUUUUACUGGCGACAUUGAUGAAAGACACAUGCUCCGUUCUCAUGAGUGCAAUGGACAAUUUGAACCCACUGGGUCGAUAGAGGAAGAGAAAGAAUCGUCUAUUCCUAGCUCGUUGGACUUUCCUGAUGGUCCAGUGGGCCUACAAGAAUCCACGAGAGAGCCUAUGCUCUCUUCAAGCCUCAUGUCCUUUCUUGUGGGAUUAGUCAUCUUGCUUCAACCAUAG